AUGAAUAACUACGAGGACAGUAUUUUUUCAUCUAAAAACGCCGUCUAUUGGAAACUCUGUUGGCCGUCCAGCAGUCCGUAUCGGUUUCGAAUUUCUCAUGAGUUUAUGGAUGAUGAUCUUGCACUUUAUCUUGUGAUCGAGUAUCAAUUUGAAGGCGUCCCCAAUAAAGCAGGAACAAAUGAUUUAGAUAGUGAUCUUGAAUUCUUCCUCUAUGCAAGCUCAUUGCUAAAGGUGUUGCCAAUACCCAUUGAGUUGUAUACAACUAUAGCAUAUUUAGUUGAUGUGGGGAUUAUCUUGUAUUGUAUAGUUCCCUGGAUUGUAAAGGGCUAUUUCAGUGUUUAA